GCAUAGAGCGGGGAGGGAACAUAUUGCUGGGGAGUCUGGCGCACCAGUGCGGUACCGUGAGGGUCUUUGCGCCCCCCACAUGCGGGCAAAAUCACCAGGCGACUCUCUCGUCUGUGCUGCGUGAGGGGGAGAGCAAGUCGUUUGCGCGGCGCGCUGCCUCAGCUGCGGCUGAUGUGCCACAAUCGCGGCAGCCUGUCGGCUCCCAAGCCAGCGAGAGGCGAGCCAUCAACCGCAGCCCGUUUGCCUCCUCCGUGGCAGUUGCUGCUCUGCGGGAGCCAGGGUGGGUGGGAGGGAGGCGGGUGCGGGAGCCGCUGCGGGGAGCCCCGUUGCUUUGGGGGCUCCGGGGUGGCGGUGCUGCCCGGCACUGCGGAGCCAAGCGAGGAGCAGCGGAGGUGCAGAGCAGGCAGGGGCCGGCGGGGCUCGCCGAGCUCCGCAGCUCCUCGCAGGCGCCGCCGAGCGCACGGCUCCGGGGGGCUGCCCCGCCACAGCGCGGGUCACGCUGCCCGCUAGCGUGGGGAGGAAAACCCCCUGGAGCCCAAUUUCUCUUCCAGCUAAAAACCGGACCGGGAGCACCCGACAGGCUGCAACCCCCCGCCCCGCGGCUUGCAGAGGAAGGGGGGACGCUGCCAGCCCAACAGGGGUCCUUCCUGCUGAGCUCCCUGGGGGGUCUCUCCUUGCUACCAGCCGCCGCCGGGGGAUAAUGGGGGACCCGUAUCUCAAGCCCUCCUGUAAGCCGCAGAACCGGGGCUGAGGAGAGAGGGGGGCAGCUCCUCCCGGGGAUUGGGGCGCCUCGCCUGGUGCUCGCCGAUCGCCUCUCCGCCCAUGUGCUUGACUUGUGUCCGGCUGGGGGCGGCUGAUAGCGAGAGCCCGGUCAGAAAGAGACUCCCUUACUACCCAUCUUGCUGGGUGGGGGGAUUAGGAAGGCUGCCCUUCACCGCCUUUCUAGGGCUGCACUGAGCCUGGGAAGAGAUACCUUUGUGCCCGGUCCUCGCCAAAGGAUAGCGCCGUGGAGGAGGAAGACAGGGGGGAGAGGGGCAAGUAGCUCUGCCCUUCUCAUUGCAGGCUUUGCAGCUAGUUUGCUCGGAAUACAUCCGCUUUCCCCCUCUGGCAUGCAGGUGCAGCAGAGGGAAGUGGAAUAAGGGAGAUGCAGAGCCAGCGAGCUGCACAAAGGUAAAACGGGACUGCAUGUCUUUGUGUGGCUCUUGGUUUUGGGGCGGGGGGAGGGAAGGGAAGGUUCUGCCUGUUAAAUAGGGAGCGAUUGGAAAGUAAGGGGUGGCAAAAAGAAAAAGAGGAAGCAUCUGAAAAAAGGAGGGGAGUGAGGAGAGAAGCAGGAAGGGAAAGAAAAGAGGGGGUGAGGAGAGGGAAUAGGAAAGAGGAAGGGAGACGGGAAAAUGCAGAAGGGCAGAGAAACAGGGAAGGAAAGAGGCAGGGAGAGAGCGGAGUAGAAAAGUAGAGAGUGAAGGGGAGCCGCAGACCCUCCCCCCUUGUGCUGUGGAAGCCCAGAGGUGCCUCCUUUCUGGUGACUCUGGCUAGCCCCUCCGUAUUAUGUCUGCACUCCGAAGGAAAUUCGGGGACGAAUACCAGGUAGUGACCACCUCUUCCAGUGGCUCAGGCUUCCACCAGCAGCAAGCGGCGGCAGCAGCUCCUAGGAGAAAGAGGCAGCGAUUUGUGGACAAGAAUGGCCGUUGCAAUGUGCAGCAUGGCAACUUGGGCAGCGAGACGAGCCGCUACCUGUCGGACCUGUUCACCACCUUGGUGGACCUCAAGUGGCGCUGGAACCUCUUUAUCUUCAUCCUCACGUACACUGUGGCCUGGCUCUUCAUGGCCUCCAUGUGGUGGCUCAUCGCCUACAUGCGGGGUGAUCUGAACAAAGCCCAUGAUGAUAAUUACACUCCCUGUGUGGCCAAUGUCUACAAUUUCCCCUCCGCCUUCCUGUUCUUUAUUGAAACUGAGGCUACCAUUGGGUAUGGCUACCGCUAUAUCACUGACAAAUGCCCCGAGGGCAUCAUCCUCUUCCUCUUCCAGUCCAUCCUGGGCUCUAUCGUGGAUGCCUUCCUCAUUGGCUGCAUGUUUAUCAAGAUGUCCCAGCCUAAGAAGCGGGCAGAGACACUGAUGUUCAGUGAGCAUGCUGUCAUCUCCAUGCGGGAUGGCAAACUUACCCUUAUGUUCAGGGUAGGCAACCUUCGCAACAGCCACAUGGUCUCCGCGCAGAUCCGCUGCAAGCUACUUAAAUCUCGGCAGACACCUGAGGGCGAGUUCCUCCCUCUCGAUCAACUUGAACUGGAUGUAGGUUUUAGCACGGGGGCAGAUCAACUUUUUCUUGUUUCCCCACUUACAAUCUGCCAUGUGAUUGACGCCAAAAGCCCCUUCUAUGACCUCUCUCAGCGAAGCAUGCAAACUGAACAGUUUGAGAUCGUUGUCAUCCUAGAGGGCAUUGUGGAAACAACUGGGAUGACAUGUCAAGCCAGAACUUCAUAUACUGAAGAUGAAGUUCUCUGGGGUCACCGUUUUUUCCCUGUGAUUUCCUUAGAGGAAGGAUUUUUUAAAGUAGAUUAUUCCCAGUUCCAUGCAACAUUUGAAGUCCCUACUACACCCUACAGUGUGAAAGAACAGGAAGAAAUGCUUCUUAUAUCUUCCCCUUUAAUAGGACCAGCUGUAAGUAACAGUAAAGAAAGGAAUAAUUCUGUAGAAUGUCUAGAUGGUCUAGAUGACAUUAGUACAAAGAUACCCUCAAAACUGCAGAAAAUGACUGGAAGGGAAGACUUUCCCAAAAAACUGCUAAGGAUGAGUUCUACAACCUCUGAAAAGGCCUACAGCAUCGGGGAUUUACCUAUGAAACUUCAGCGAAUAAGCUCAGUUCCUGGCAACUCAGAAGAGAAACUGGUAUCUAAAACUACAAAGAUGAUGUCAGAUCCUAUGAGUCAGUCUGUGGCUGAUUUGCCACCAAAGCUUCAAAAAUUGUCAGGAGGAGGAGCUAGAAUGGAGGGAAAAAUUCCUCCAAAAUUGAGGAAGAUGAAUUCUGAUCGCUUUACAUAACUAGAAUAGACAUUUUGAUAUUAUUUAAAGUUUGAAUUACUAGUCAAUCCAAUUUGGGCAGGAAAGCAAACCCUCUGGAAAGAGUCUUAUUGCUAAAAGGUGAAAGUUUCCUAAGCACUACAUGCAAACUGGGACAGCAGUGUUCUUCCCAGAUAAUGUACUGUAAGUGUAAUGUUAUGAUAAAAGGCCUGAAGUCCCGACUGAGGUCAUAGGAGAGCUAAUAUUAAUUGGCAUGUAGUAUCACAACAAGCAUGCAAUAAUAGGGUGCAAUUUUUGCAUAUAGUUUUCUGGCAUGAUUCUUACUAUAUUUAUAUUGUACAUUCUGAAAAUAUGUAAAGGGAGAUGUUAGUCUCACCUAUAUUUCUUAAGGGUAAGUAAUAGGUAAAACAUGAGUAGGAAAUUUUCAGGACAAGUUAUAAUUUAAUUUAAAGUGUAUUUUUUUUCUGAUGUAGAUUGUGAUGUUUUGUUCAAACAAAGUAGUUAUGUGCAUGUUUUCUUUCUUAAAAUAAGGCUAUAAGCAUUAGUCAAUUCCAAAUACCAAAUUUCUUAGCCUUAAAUUAUUUGCCAUUUUAUAAUUUGCUUUAAUAUUUUCUUCAUUUUUUUUCUGCCAUUAAAAUUCUGGGAGAAUUUUAAGUGUACUUCACAAGAGGUGUUAGCAAAAAAAUGUAAUAUUUAGGGCUGGGCAAAAUAUCUGCAUUUUAAGUACAAAAUUUAAAAUAAAAUGAGAUCAUUUUGUUUCAGGAUUAAUAAUAUUAGUGUAAAAAAAACAUUCAAAAUGGGCACAUUUGCUUGAUUUUCUAAUGUCCAUAGUAUCAGUCUAAUAGGAAAAUGUAAAAUCAACUACUUAGACUUUCUGGGUGAAAUUUUGUCUCAGUUACAUCAAAGGCAAAAUACCGAUUAGCUUCAAUGGGACUGGGUUUUUAUCCUCCAUAUUUAGGACAAAUAAUUCUGAUUCUGACGUUCCAAUUUGGUUGGAAAAGAGUCCUGCAGACUCUUACUCAAGUGAGUAGUCCCGAAUCAGACAAACUGUUAGUCCCAUGACGCACAAGUAACAGUUUGUCUGAUUCGGGACUACUCACUUGAGUAAGAGUCUGCAGGAUCUUUUGCUUUAGUUUUCCAACCAAAUUGGAAUGUCUCAAUCAGAAUUAUUUGUCCGAAUUUUCAAAAAUUGCUAAAUCAUUUAUUGAAACACCAAAAAAGGUCAAUGCUCUCUUAUUGCCCACAAAGUCCAUCUAGGCAACUUUCCCCUCUCUUUUAGGGGAAUUUUUCCCUCUUGCUUUCAAUAUGGUGAUAAUAUUUUAAACUGAUAAAAAUACAUUUAGAUGCGUUUUGAAGGGCAAAAGGUCAACUCUUCUUAAAUGUAUUUUUUAACUUAUUUUUCCUUUCACUUUGUUCUAAAUUCUCUUUGCAGAGAUGAGCCAGCCUGAUAUGGCACAGUAUAUGUACCUCCAGCCAACCAGGAGUAGGUAACAUUUUGGUACCUAUCCUCUGCCUCUGCUUGGAGUUGUCUGAGUUCUUCCACUAAAAGUUGAACUUCUAUAUAGCGUACAUUACAGCAUCUUAAAACGCUCCUUAGUUGAUGCUAUGAUAUUACUAGAAGUGGUACUUUGGCACGGUUCUUGCAUCUGGUUUGGAGUUUCAGGAAUAGGUCUGGCUUUCAGGGUACCUUCAGGCAGUGAGUAUUUCUCUGUUGGCUCAUCUUUAGUCUGUUCAUAAAAGGGUCAGUGUGAUUAAUUGGACCAUAAAUGUGUAGCUGGUACACUUUUGGAAACAGGGUAAUUAAAAAGACAACAAAAAAUAAUAAUAAUUACUACUAAUCCUGAUCUCAAAGUGUGUGAUGUAAUUAUCCAAAAGUAGUUUUGAACCAGUGAACAAGAAUCCUUUUACUUUCAGAACAUACAUUGAUCAGGCUGUGUGGUGUUAACUGACUUCAAUCAUGUAUUGGCAGUUCUGACUCAAAUGGCUUUGGACCAUCUUAAGUGGGAGAGUGCACAUUUGUAGUACUGUAUAAAGUAAUAAUAAUAAUAAUAGUAAUAAUAAUAAUAACAGAUCUACCAGUAUCUGGCAAAAUUCAUUUUUUAUAAUUGGUUGCAAGGAAUGAAAAAUAGGGAAGGAACCUACAUUGCUAGAAGUGUUGAUUCAAAUAUAACAAAUGAUACUCAGCACUGUUUACCAUGUGCCAAUUAUGUACUUAUGGAUUUCACAUUUACUUAGGCCUGGUCUACACUGGGGGUGGGAAAAAAUUGACCUAAGGAACGCAACUUCAGCUAUGAGAAUAGCAUAGCUGAAGUCAACGUAUCUUAGGUCGACUUACCUUGCAUCCUCAUGGCACUCCCCUGUCAACUCUGCUUCCGCCUCUCUCUGCAGUGGAGUACAGGAGUUGACAACAGAGCGAUCGGGGAUCGAUUGCUAUCCACCGAUCCGGUGGGUAGUGUAGAUAUACCCUUUGAGUUUCACAGUUUAUAAUGAUCUGUGAUCUACAUUGCAUGCUUGUUAGACCACUGGCCAAACUUUCAGCCCUUUGCACAUUAAAUGGGGUGUAUAGUAAUACCAUGCUGUAAAAGCCUGUUGAGCAAAAUUGUGAUGCGUUAAAAGAUGAAUUCUGACAGCUUCAUUGUCUCCUUGUUGUUGAUACUUUAUGGCAGUGUUUCUUACAAAAUACAUUUGACAUCUGUGCCAUACAAGUCUGAAAAAGUCCUGUCAAACAAUUUUUGGCACCUGUUUUUCUCUUGUGUAAGUUUCUGCAGCGUGGAAGUUGGACUUUAAAAAAAAUCUUACUCUUAAGAUAUUAACUUUAACAUUUGCUUUUGGGAAACUUUGGAGUAAGUUUGUGCAAGAAGGUCAAGUAUAUUUUUUAAAAAAAGUAAAUAAAACCUGAAUACAAAUGGUAUGAGAAUUAGAACUAUUGAUAAAGUGUAAGUGAAGCACAAUUACUCAGGUGGUGUCUACAUGAAAAAGUUUGAUUGGCAUGCAGCUGCAGACUUUUGAAUACAUUUGGGCACAUGCACACUUGGUGCUUGUGUUGACACUGUAAAUACUCCCCACUAGUGUAAAGUGGAGUGCACCAGAGGUACGUAUCCCAGUAUGCCGCAUGCUACCAUCUGGUGCAAUGCCCAGGGAUUUCUGGGAACUAGGAGUCAGUUUUCGACCAUGCCACUUUCUUCAUCCUGUAGUGCUUGCCCCAAUCCUAUAAUUUUUGCACCAUUUUUUAAAACUCCCACAGUCCUGCAAACUUAGGGUGACCAGACAGCAAAUGUGAAAAAUCAGGACGAGGUGAGGUGUAAUAGGAGCCUAUUUAAGAAAAAGACCCGAAAAUCGGGACUGUCCCUAUAAAAAUCGGGACAUCUGGUAACUCUAUGCAAACUGCUUUCCUGUCUCUGCCAUCUGUGGCAGAAGCCUGGACCCUACACAGCUCAGCACAAUUCUCAUGAGCAUUGCUAAUACAAGAUGAACAAUUCUCCUGUAUUUGCAGAACUUGAAUGAGUACUACUACAAUUGGUCAUUCAGUAAGGAAGAUAUGGAUAUACUUAAGCACAAUAAGUGGAUGCAAAUAGACAUAGCAGGGGGGCAGGGGCAUAUCCAGAGCAGCUCUACAUGGUGAAUCUCUGCUUCUGGGCUUGAGAAACUAGCACUGAUUGGUGGGAUUGCAUCGUAAUGCAGGUUUAGGAUGAUGAGUAGUGGCUGCAGAACUUUUGGAUGCAAAAGACCAUGUUCCUGGAUCUUUGUGCCAAGCUCACUUCAGCUCUCCAGUGCAGACACACAAAAUAAGAGCUGAAUUGACAGAGGAGAAGCAAGUGGCAAUUGCACUCUGGAAACUUUCAAUACCAAAUUGCUAUCAGUCACCAGCCAAUCAUGUUGCAGUUGGAAAAUCCACAGUAGAAGCUGCUAUCAUCCCAAUGUGUAAGGCCAUUAAGAGUGUCCUGCUGCACAGGAUGUGACUCUUGGCAAUGUGCAGAAAAUAGUGGCUGGACUUUCAGUAAUGGGGUUUCCAAACUGGUCUCUCAAUUGUCAUGGUCAUAUGGCCUCUCCAAGCCCUGUGUGUACAGUCUGAGUUUGUAGAGCAUUGGAAGAUUUCACAAAACAUGUUCUGCCUAGUCUGCUUCUUUCUCCUUCUGAUCAGGAUCAAACAUUCAGCAGAUCUGGAAGGGGCACCUCUCACAACCACCACGUCAGAGUUUACUUAUUAAAACAGACCGAUAUUGCGUUCGAUUUAUAACCACAAUGGAAAGGGACCGAUAAGUCUAAAAUCUCUCAUACGUUAUUCCAUGUAAUAAGAAAUGCCAGUUGUCACUUCAGUUUUGGAGCAUCUCACUACAGCACUGCUCUGCGGCUCAAGACAUGGUGAGUAGCGGUGUGGGGUUGUCCUUUUGCAUGGAGGGUUUAAAUGCUAGGUGCCCCUAAGUGUGGGUAUAGGCAAAUUGCAGUGAAUAUUGGCAGCAUUUUCACAGCAGUGGUAACUUUGGCUGAUAUCUCAGCACAGACAAUGCCACUGCAAAUGGCAUCCCAAAGCUGCCUGGACCUGUAUGCUGCGCAGCUAGCCUAUUUACUGCAAUGGUGCCAGCCAAAUGCAACACAGAGUGUCAUGGGAAAAAUCUCAUGUUGGGGGUGAAGAAACAAGGCUGUUAUCCCUAGAAAGGUUUGGGAGAGGAUCAGAGAGUUUCUCCAUGGAUGUUUCAUCGAGAUUGCUUGAGAGAAUUAGAAGGACAUCCCUGUUCAGAUGAACAAAGUUUUCUGCAUGACCCCUGCCCAGCCCAACAAACCAAAGAAUAGAAAAGUGGACGCCAAUUAUACCUAUGUUUUGUUCUACUUCUGCCUGAGCACAGGGCAAUAAUCAGAUGGGAGUUGUGUAAUCAGACUGCCAUAUUACUCUCUGAAUUUAUUCUCUACCAUUUUUUCUAACAUUAUACCAGUUUUUGUUCUCUAAAUUUGCUGAUGAGUUGGGCACCAUUUUUUAAAUGGGGAAGAAGAGCAAGAUUGGGAGGGAGAUGAGAUUACUGACAAUGAAAAGGGGGAGUGAUUAUAAAGAAUGCCUGUACACACUUACCCAAGCUCCCUUCACAUCAGCCAGCUCAUCUGCAUUUGCAUGGUGGGACUGGUUUGAGUCUGGUGGAAAAAUCAAACUGCUUCUGGCUCAUGAUAUGGUUUGUCUCCUUCUUAUUAUUCAAACAGGUCUGCAAUUCAGGCUCCUGCAAAACAUCCACAGUAGAAUGCAGGGUGCUGGCAGGGUCGCUGCCAAGUAUGGCCUGCAGUUCAUUCUAAAAGUGGCAGGUCUACAAGGCAGCAUCAGAUUUCUUGUUGCCUCUCUCCCCUUCUGGUAUCCCUGGCAAAGUUACUUCAUUUUCACACAGCACUGCUGGUCAUCUCUGUUGUGCUGCAGUUUCAGUAUCCCCUGUGCAAUUUGCACAUGUCUAUAUUUUUCCCCAGCUAUUCCAUAGCUGUGCUUUUACAGUCUCUUUUCCCCACAGGCCAAGGAGAUCCAAGACUUCUUGUUUACUGCAUGUAGGAGCAUGUCUAGUAGCAAGCUGUGUGCAGAGCCAGCAUGGCCAGAUGCACACAACAAAGGUGAGCUGGUAGGUGUGCUCGCCAAGGUAGGCAAUCAGGAAGAGUCAUUUCAGAAUCACGUGGGAGGUGCUAAUGCAGAGGUGGGAUGGUUAAGGGAUUCCAGUCUCUGUGACGGUUGGCUAUGGUGUUCAAAAUUGUUGUGGGGACAUGCAUAUUGUGGGACAGUUGCUGGAGGACUGCUAGGAUCAACAGAGGUAACUCAGUAUUUACACUUGCACUGCAUCGACCUAAGUAAGCCAACCAUGGCUGACACUCAGGGAGGUGGUGCUGUGUGAUGGGCAUGUUAUGUUGGUAGGAGACGGGCUUUGGUUUAGACACGUGCACAAUUAGGUCAACACAAGUGGGCUUAAGUUGACCUCACUUUGUAGUGUAGACCAGGCCUUAGUAAUCUGAAGAAAUCGGAAAGUACUGUCCUUUUUAUGUUCGAUGUAGCAAAAUAUUUUGCAACAUAUUCAGUUAUCAUUAAUUCAAAAUACUUUUUCAUUAACACAAAACAUUCAUCCUUCCCUGCUGGGAAUAAGGCUGCUGAGUCCUGUGGCAUGUAUGUUAAGAUUAAAUAUUGAUAAGUGUAAACACAAACAUGAAUAAUAAAGUAGUUUGUAAUUUUUUAAAAAAGAAACUGAAGUUAUUUCAUUUCUAUUCGCACAGCCACUUCUCUCAUUUCAUCGUGUUUUGGUUUUGCCCAGCCCUAGUGCUUAAGCUACAAAGUAUUUCUGUUUGACUGCACAGCAGGUCUGUGUUCUCUACUGCUGAAUUUAUGCUUGAAUUCUAUUGUAAAUUGUAUAUAUUCAAAUUAGAAUCAACUAAUUGCAUUUUCUGGCAUGCAGUCUAUAAUUGUAUAAAUGUACAAGUUUAUUUGGAUUAUACAAAAUUACAAACUCUUGUAUUUGUUAAUACUGCAAGCUCAGUUUUAUCUAAAGCUAUAUUAAACUCAAAAAUUGUUGAGUUUAAAUGCCAUAGUGUACUUGUCAUUUAUAAAAUGUACCCUACGUAUAUUUUUUAACAAAGUGAAUAAAUAUUCAGGGUUUUGAUUUUUGUACAAUUUAAAUGAGGUGGUAGCCUUAUGAUUUGGCAUAUACUGUACAAAAAUGACUGGUCCACUUCAAAUCAGGAAACAAGAACAGAACUUCAGGUGAUUCAGUUUUUAAGCAACAGUGAUCACACAAAAGGACAUUUCUGGGGGGCUUUGGGCCUGAUCCAUCUCCUAUUGAAAUUACUGGAAAGACUUCAACUAACUAAUAUUGGAUCAUGAUCAUGUUGACCAGCUGAGAAGAACUGAUGGCCCAUGACUGUAUUAAUUCCAGGCAGUCAUCAGUUCUCAGGAAACACUAUGCUCAGUAAUAGUUAUUGUCGUAAAUUGUAUGAUAUUGCCUCCAGGUAAUUUGACCUUCUGCACCUACAUGUGUCCCUCUAUGCACCUCAUACGAGUUAAGAUCAAAAUUAAGUUCAAAACAUGUAACCAGCAACAGGCUGUCACCUCACUUUCUUGUCUUUGGCACAGAUAGAUGUAUCGUAUCUCUUUAAGAGCAUUAUUAAAAGCUACUUCCUGUCCCUCACAUGUGAUAUAAUUUUAGAAGUUUUUCUGGGAGGAAAAUGCCUUUUCCCCAAACCUGUGUUAGUAAUAGCCAAAUACUCUUUGAAAGUGGACUCCUGAUAUAUAUUUGUAUUAGCUUUUCUUUAAAAUGCAGCCCUUCUUUAUAAAGCUGUUUACUUAGGAAGAUACAGGAUAUGCUUUCAGUUAACCUAGAUAUU